AUGCGCACGCACAUAUGGCAUACAUGUACAGUACAUGUACAUCAUAUGCUGCAGUACAACUUAUUACAAGCACCACUAAUUCCCGAUGAAACAUGGCCUUACAUUCAAGUUUCCGCGCACGAUUACCGUGCCUGUUACAAAGAUAUCUUCCGAGCAAAAAUUUCAAAUGCCCAGUAUCAACCACGGGAGAUACAAUUACUGUAGCUGAAACAACAGCUGACAAACGGGAAAAGCAUGUACAUGAUCAGGAUGGGGGAUCCUAUGGACAAACAAGAGAACAAUUCAUUAGUCCAGAAUUGCUUCCACCAAUGGGGACAAGAUCCAAACUCAAGGACUACUUGGAGAGAAAGGAUUGCUUUACUAGGCGUAAGGUCAUCAGCAUCCCAGAGUUCUAUGUUGGUAGUAUUAUGGCUGUCAUAGUGGCAGAUCCCCACGCUAAGGGUAAGAGCAGUCGUUUUGUAGGUAUUUGUACAAGAAGAGGAGGUUAUGGACUCGGUGCAACAUUUGUCCUCAGAAAUAUCAUCAAUGAUCAAGGAGUUGACAUCUGUUAUGAGUUGUACAGUCCACUCAUCCAAAAGAUUGAAGUAUUGAAGCUAGAGAAGAGGUUGGACUCAGACUUGAAAUAUCUUCAGGAUGCAUUGCCAGAGUAUUCUACCAUUGAUCCCAACAUGGUUCCCAUCAAACAUCCACCAGGCAAACCAGUCCCAGUUAAUCCUAUCAAGGUUCAGAUGAAGCCCAAGCCUUGGUACAAACGCUGGGAGAGAGAAGAAUUGCAAGGAGUUGACUUCUCAAUACUCAGUGAAGAGAAAUUGGAACAUGCUAAGAAGUGGUGGUUACCAAUAUAUAAACGCAUGGAUCUCCUCCAACACUGGAAGCUACCUGAUGAAGUCCAAAAGGGCAUCAAGAAAGAAGUAGAGCAACAUGAAAUUACACUUGGCUAUGAUAAAACUAAAAGAUAGUUUGACCUUUGGUACAGGUCUUUCAAGAAGUGUUGGACAAUCAGAAAAAGGCCACCUAGGUCAUGUAAGAUGCUUUGCGUGAUAUGGAGUAUUGCUGCACUUUCGGCUUUGACAGCACACCAAAUAAAGUAAUACUGUCCAGGAAGAGAAUGUGGUAAUUUCCACGUGUAAGCAGGUCUUACAGUGCAUCACUACUCUUGUGGUAGUUUUAUUUGUUGCAUUUCCUGCUUGGAUUAUUACGUUGUCACUGCAGACCAAUUACAGUUCAAAAUGAAAUGUUACAGGAGUACAUUUUUUGUACCCAUGUAAAUUUUGAAACUGUCAACAAUGCUUGGUCAGAAAGUCAAGUAUAUAAAAAAAGCCUAAAACUACUCUUCCCAUUUCUGUCUUGCUUUGUGUAACCUUUUAUCAAAUUAAUCUUCUGAAAAGUGUCAAGCUGCUAUUUAUUUUUAGUGAACUUUUCACUGAUUUAUUUACAAAUGCAAAUGGGGCUUUUUAAAUUUCACAAUAAAAUAUCCACUUGUCUCAUUCAGAGUGGUAUCAAACAGUUAUAAACAUUUUUAUUGGCAGACUGUGAAUAAAUUUCAGAAUGUCAGCGCCAAGUCAUUUUCUUCAAGUUACAUAUUUAGAAAAAAUUUCAAUGUAUUAUUAAAGGCACUACACACACCCGUAUUUACUGUAUGUGGUACAGACUGGA